AUGGAACAAACAUACGUCUUUACAACCAAAACUUCAAAGUUCGUCAAAAGGGACUUGCUGAGCAUCAAAAAGGAUGAUAUGCUUUGCCUCACCGGAGAUGUCAUCUGUCAUUGCUACAACAUUGGUGGCAAUCUCGUCUAUGCGCCCUCCAUCACGCCAGAAGCCAUCAAAAAACACAAGGGGCACGGUCCUAUUGUGGACUUUGCCGACGUGGUAAAGAAGAAAACAUGGGGCAAACAAGCACAAGAAGAGUCGGCUCUGGAAAAGGAGAUAGCGGCGAAGAUGCAGGUGGCCGUUAAUAAGAAUCAGGCGAUGACGAAGCGCGCCGCCAGCUCGGAGCUUGCCCACGAGGCGCUCAAGAAGAUCGCAAGCCAAGGCAAGACAGCUAUUGCUCAAGAUGUCGAAGACGUUGUGGAGGUUCCCAUGGACCCGGUCAAGGAUACUUUGGAGGAUGAAUUGAACCUACAGAAAGGAAUCCGUCAAUCCAUCAUGGCCAUGAACCUCAUUGGAGGAACUCCAAAUGCUGGAGAGUCCUCCUCAACAAUAGACGUUUCCACGAAAUCCCGCCGGUCGUCGAUGGCUACUCUUCUCACCCGUAGCAUGAAGUCCCCCUCCCUCUCUUCAGGAUCCGACCAAGAGCCCGCCUCACGUCGCCCUUCCAUGGCCUCCCUUUUUGGAGGCGACGGUGGCCAGUCAGCCCAGCAACCUUCUCCAGCACAAGCCACUGAGGAACAGGAGCAGGAACAGGACGAGACCCUCAGAAGGAGAAGGCCGGUGCAAAGAUCCCACUUGCGAUUCCAACCACCUCUCACUACCGCCAACCCUCCGGGAAAGAAGAAGGCUGUCCCCGAACAGAGUCAGCAAGGAACGCACCAGUCAGAAAACCUUGUACCCACCAUUGAUCCAACUGGGGCCCCUUCUUCCGUCAAGAAGGGAAAAUCCAAGAGGGCGUAA